ACAUAAAUUAUUGUUUAUUCCCAUGUGGAAAAAUGGACGCGCACAUGAUUCUGUGAGGUUUUGAAAAUGUUUUCCUUGAGUGUUCGCGUGCGUUAAGCGUUGAAAAUUGACCAGUACGUUGCAAAGUGUUGUGUGAAAAUGACAGAUAUGCCUCCUUAUCUCGCCGUUAAAGAUGAGGAGAAAACUAGUGGACAGAGUGACAGUGAUACAUGUAUCGACGUAGAUGAUUGGGAUUUACCUUUGUGUUUCAAUAAACCGCGGCACACGGAGCCCAUAAAGGGCGCAGAUCGCGUGGAGCACUCGUGGCGGGUGAAGGAGAAGUACAAAACACACUGCGUAGCACUGGUGCUGUGUCUCAAUGUGGGAGUGGACCCACCAGACGUGGUCAAAACACAGCCAUGUGCACGACUAGAGUGUUGGAUAGAUCCGCAGUCGAUGUCGCCGAGCAAGGCGCUCGAGAGCAUCGGCCAUGCGCUACAGUCACAGUACGAGCGAUGGCAGCCGCGCGCGCGAUACAAGCAGUCGCUCGACCCCACGAGUGACGAGGUGAAGAAAUUAUGCUGCUCCCUGCGCCGCAACGCGAAGGACGAGCGAGUGCUUUUCCACUACAACGGUCAUGGUGUGCCCAAACCCACACUACAGGGGGAGAUAUGGGUGUUCAACAGGGCUUACACCCAAUACAUACCGCUGUCGAUGUACGACCUGCAGACGUGGAUGGGCGCGCCGUCGCUCUACGUGUACGACUGCUCCAACGCGGGCGUCAUCGUCGACAACUUCAAGCAGUUCGCCGACCAACACGAGAGAGAGUAUGAGGCCCUGGUGAACUCGAAGGGCGAGGAAGGCACCCCGCCGCCGCCGUGCGUGUCGUACAAGAACUGCAUCCAGCUAGCGGCGUGCGCGGCGGGGCAGAGCCUGCCGAUGAACCCCGAGCUGCCGGCCGACCUGUUCACGGCGUGCCUCACCACGCCCGUCAAGAUGGCCAUGAAGUGGUUCGUGCUGCGCAGCCGCACCAGGGUCGCGCCGCAUGACGUUCACGAUCUUAUUGACAAAAUCCCCGGACAAGUCACAGACCGCCGCACCAUGCUGGGCGAGCUGAACUGGAUAUUCACAGCGAUCACGGAUACCAUCGCGUGGAGUUCGCUGCCCUCCGAUCUCUUCCAACAGCUGUUCCGGGCUGAUCUCCUCACGGCCAGCCUCUGCAGGAACUUCCUCCUCGCCGACAGGAUUAUGAGGUCAUACAACUGUACGCCGGUAUCGUCGCCGGCACUGCCCUCGCUAGCGAGCCACCCACUCUGGGCGGCGUGGGAGCAGACCCUGGACCUGGCGCUGGCGCAGCUGCCGGCGUUGGUGCGAGGAGACCCUCUCGCGGAGUACAGACACUCGCCAUUCUUCAGAGACCAGCUCACCGCCUUCCAAGUGUGGCUCGACCUCGGUAAAUGGUCCCGGUCGCGGCCGCCGCCGGAGCAGCUGCCGAUGGUGCUGCAGGUGCUGCUGAGCACGCUGCACCGCGUGCGCGCGCUGCAGCUGCUGUGCCGCUUCCUGGCGCUGGGCGCGUGGGCCGUGCGCGCCGUGCUGGCGGUGGGCAUCUUCCCCUACAUGCUCAAGCUGCUGCAGGCCUCCGCGCCCAACCUGCGCGCCUCCAUGGUCUACAUAUGGGCCAGGAUCAUUGCCGUCGAUCCGAGUUGCCAAGUGGAUCUGGUGAACGCCAAGGGUCACAAGUACUUCCUAUCCAUUCUGCAAGACCCGACAGUCGAUAGCGAGCACCGAACACUGGCUGCGUACGUGUUGGCGGGCAUUGUGGACAACUAUCAUGCGGGACAGGAGGCCGCCUUGCAGGGUUCUAUGAUCUCGAUCUGCCUGGAGCAAUUAUGCGACGGAUCUCCGCUACUGGCGCAGUGGGUGUGCAUCAGCCUCGGACGGCUGUGGCGCGGGUUUGACGCCGCGCGCUGGGCCGGCGUGAGAGACCUCGCGCAUGAGAAACUGUACCCGCUGCUGCAGCAUCAGGACCCAGAGGUGCGCGCGGCGUGCGCGUUCGCGCUCGGCACGUUCGUGGCGGCGGGCGGCGGCGCCGGGCCGCGCACCGAGCACGCCAACGCGCUCGACCAGCAGGUCGCCGUGCAGCUCGCCGCGCGCCUCGCCGCCGACGCCUCCUGGCUCGUGCGCGCAGAGAUACUCGCCGCUCUUCAGUGGCUAGUUCUGAUAUUCGAACAACACUUCAUCGCAGUCUACAUUCAAGAGCGGAUUAGGCGGAGUGACAGGGAGUCGCGGCGCAGCGGGCACGUGGAGAGCGGGCAGGACGCGCUGGCGACGGGCGCGCGCGGCGCCGCGCACACCACGCUCGCGCGCUCCGCCGCCGCGCUCGCGCUGCCCUCCAUCGGUUUCGGUUCCGUGUACAUGAAGCUGUGGAACACUCUAAGCUUGAUGUCGCGCGAGCCUCACCCGCAGGUAUCGCAGAUGGCCACCGACAUCAUCAACUACAUCUCUAAUCAGGUGGACAGCGUGGGUCGCGAGCUUGAGUCGGCGCGCAGCAGCGGCAGCUCCAGCAGCCUGCCGCCCUCGCCCAACACGCGCGUGCACCACCACCACGAACACACCAAAACUUUACCUACGCCAGGUCACCGGCGUGGCAAGUCUGGACUCCCGCACACAAUAUCCGAAGAGUCGGUCGCGAAUCGGGAUCGGGAUCGUGACUCGACAAGCGAGAGGGAUCGCACACGGGACUCUACUUCCUCCAAUUCUACAGGUCAACCAACAAAGAAGCCGAUAGUAUCUACGCAGUUUGUGGAGUGGGCGUCGAGCAUGUUCGCGCGCGGCGAGGAGGAGGGCGGCGGCGUGUGCGCGGGCGUGGGCGACGCUGACGCGGCGUCAGUGGCGGCGGCGGCGUCGACGUCAGCGUCGGCGUCAGCGGCGGCCGACGUGGAGUCGCGCGCGCACCACCAGCGCGUGUGGCGCCGCGCGCGCAACCGCUCGCUGCGCCGCGACGCCGCCGGUCAGUGUCGCACGCCACCGCCACCCGCCGACACACCCCUCCAGACAUCAAUGUCUCGCAGUCGCGUGGCCCGCCUGGAGACGCAAGUGUUCAACUCGCGCUGCCCGCUGCCGCCCGCCGUGGUGGUGUUCCACCCGUACGAGCAGCACGUGGCGGUGGCGUCCAAGGAGAACUUCGGCAUCUGGGACUGGGGCACGGGCGCCAAGGUGUGCGGCGGCUCGUGGCGGCGCUCGUGGGGGCGCAUCUCCGCGCUCGCCUACCUCAACGCGCACGAGCGCGCGCUGGUGGCCGUGGGCGCCACGGCGGGCCACGUGGCGGUGUUCCGCGCCGGGCCCGGCGGCGGCGGCGGCGGCGAGCCCGCGCUGCUGGCGGCGUGGCGCGCGCUCGACGUGCGGCCCGCGCCCGACUACCGCCCGCCGCCCGCGCAACCCAUCUACAGUCUAGCGCAACUAGUGUCGGAUCAGUUCACCUCGACGGACGAUAAGCAAGCGAACAAUAAGGGCAAACAGGCGGACCCUAACCUGUCCGGGGGCGGCGGCACGUACAGCGCGCCCCCGCCGGGCGUGCAGCUGCGCUGGUCGGCGUGGCGGCGCUCGCUGGCGCUGGCGGGACCGGCGCCUGCGCUGCGAGUGUGGGAUGCGCAUCAGGAGCUGCACUGCCUUGACAUUCCCACCGGUUGCGAGGCGGCGGCGACGUCGCUGUGGCGCGGCGGCGAGUGGCUGGGCGGCGGCGGCGGCGCGGAGGGCGAGAGCUGGGCGUGGCAGGUGGUGUGCGGGUUCGGCGACGGGUCGGUGCGCGCGUGGGACGAGCGCGCGCCCGCCGCCGCCGCGCUCAGCCUGCACCACCACGCCGCGCCCGUGCUCUGCGCCGCGCUGCGCUCCGACAGGCCCGCGCUCAUCACGGGAUGCAUGAACGGCGAAGUUCGUCUGUACGACACCCGCAAACCCUCCGCGGUGGUGGAAGAGGUCCGGGCGCCCGGCCCUCUCGCCGCCAUCGACCUACAUCCGCUGUGCAACCUACUCGCUUGCGGGUCGGUGAACCAGUGCAUCAGCAUCUACGACCUGAAGGGGCUGUUGUUGAAUACGAUCAAGUUCCACGAGGGGUUCAUGGGCGCGCGCAUCGGCCCCGUCUCCUGUCUCACUUUCCAUCCGCUCAGAUGCGCGAUGGGCGUGGGCUCGAAGGACUCGACGGUGUCGGUGUACGUGUCGGAGGCGCGGCGGUGACCCUCGCUGUACAGCCUCGCGCUGCCGCUGCCCUUCCACCAGUGACCGCGCCGCCGCUGCUGCCCUACCGCACGCUACAGGUGAGCGGAUGUGUGCGUGAAGAGUUGCGGGACGGCGCAUGUACAGCACGGGGGAGGGGAGGAGCGUCACACGCGCGCGACACUGCCCUAAACAACUACACCCAGGUGUUUAUCGAAAUGUCACGUGUUCCGCGGUUCAUACAGAAGUCGAGACAAUAUCUACAUUAUGUAGUCCUCUUGAUUUUUUUGUAUACCAAACUACGUAUCCAAAGUUAUGAAAUAACCCGGGAUAUUUAUAGAUUAAUUACAGAUAAUUAAUAGGAAAAUAAUAUUUAUUAGGUACGGUAUAUGUACAUGACGUCACCUUUCGAUAAACACCCGUCAAGUCUAUCGUAUCGAUAACUCGUAUUGUUCGGUUCCAAACGGAUGUAUUUUACAAAAUAUGGUUAUUUUUUUACACAACUCUGAAAAUAUUUAUCGAAAAUUAUAAUAAUUGCCGCGCGCGUGUGUCGCUUGUAGUGAAUUGUCGCGUGUAAGUUAGUUCGCAUUUACCCGACGAUGUGAAAGGACCGCGCACCCGCAAACUCAGUAGAUUUAAUGUCAUUAUGUUCCUUUAACGUUUUUUAGAUAUUAUCCGACGGUGAGAGGUGGCUUUGGGCCGCGGUCGUGUGAUACCGGGACCGUUAUAGGAAUGUCAUUUUACAUGAACGCGAUUACACGUCUCUAGAACUUCAGUGUCGUAUUAUCACGUUCAUAUAAAAUGUACUAGUUUUGUUACUUGCAUGAUCUCGUCACUGCCUUGACACUGCACGACCGUGUCGUCAGAGUGAAGUAGUUACUUUUCUAUAGUCAACCUGUUAGUACGCCACUGCCAUACUUGUGUUGCAUUUUCAAUUAAAUACGACAAAUGAGUCAGCUGUAGUGUGUAGUGUAAGUCGGUUUGCGGUCGCGCCGCGUCCUAUGAAUAUUUGGUGCUACAUACCGAUAUUGUAAUGAAUAUAUAUUAAUUUAUUGUUAUUUAAUGUAAUAAAGGCCGUGUGAUCAGACAGGCGGCGUCUGUGGCAGCGCUGUCGUCCACCACAACGCUUCAAGUAUUCCUUGGCUAGAAACGCAUUGAAUAAUUUAGUCAAGCUAGUAAGAACUAUAGCAUACGCUUGGAUUUAUCGAAACAGCGUUAAAAGCGCUUCAUGGCUAACAAAGUACUCGUCACAUGCUUGCUUACGAAGGAAAUAUAAUCGAGAAUUGCUAAAGCGCUACUACAGGCGCCCGCCACGAAAACACACAAACGCUGUGUGGAGAUCUGUUACUCUGAGAACACGGAUCUACGCAGAGAUCUAUAAAACUAACCCAGGCUAAAGUCUAAUUAGUCAUAUAACAAUUUAUAUUUUAUCGAUAAGCAAUAUUUUCAUUAGAAAUUUUAUUAAAAUGUUGCCGAUAUCGAAAAUACCGCGUGAAACGAAUGAUAUUGUUUUAUGACUCGGACAAAGAUUAAGUCGAGGUCAGUUUCAUAGAUGUCGCUAUUGGUAGUCACGUUCAAGCUAAACUCGGCGUGUAAGUGACGGUCACCAUCUGCAGAAGUCAGCGACAAGAAGAAUGCGAGGUACCGCAGUCAGUGACCGGCAGUUAUUCGCAGAAUAUAGCCACGCGUGACUCCCGGCAUAGAUAUAACAUCAUGUAUAUAACUUGUGAUAUAUCGAUAUAUUUAUUUGCUAUAAGGCGUCGUACAGCAUCGUUGGCAGGAACGAGCGAUGUCUCGCGAUCAAAAAUACUCGUACAAUUUACUGAUCGCGCGAUAUAGGACAUUACGAUCAAUAAACGAUUCCUGUGAGCGAUUUACAAUUAGAACGACGUGUUUUCAUCACUUCAGUUGGCGGGCCGUAACGUAGUCAUCUUGUAUAACGACUGCCCACCCGCCAACAUGUUGAAGUUUCAGAGCGUACAUAACACCGCGAAUUUAUUUUAAUCGUGUACAGAUGGCGUCAGUACUUACGAUCGGCUUGAAGUUAGCUACGAGCUUUAUUGAAAUAAACUACAGUUGCAGAGUUCGUAGUUUACUUCACACCGAUCAUAAAGAUUGGUGGCUGUACACAACUAAUAGUUACUUCACAAACCUAACGCUUUAAUGUAUUGUUUUCGUGUAAAUAUCGUUGUCUAGAUAAUUGCUAACGUAUCAACGCAAUAGUUAAAAUUGUAGUCUAUAAGGCGUAUGAGUACCAUUCAAUAGUUAGGUUCUUUUUCUACGUUUUUGGCUUGUCGAUGCGAGUUAGUUAAUUAUCGUAUUUAAAUUAUUAGGUGAUUGUUUUAUAGGCGAUGUUUAUCGCACGCUGCGUUCACCGUUGAUAUAACACGUGAUUUCUACAUCACAAUAUUUAGCAAUUAGAAAUCAGUAUCGCUCUUAAAGGGGACUUGUUUGAAAUUUUCAAUAGAUUUUGAUUGUUGUAUGUGAAGUUAUGUCUAUAUUGUUGAUUUUAUUUUUAAUGUAAAUCAAUUAUAAUGUUAUGUCUGAAUGAAAUGCGUUUGGAGCGACGUCUCAUAUCGACGGUGCACGCAGCGUGCCCGUGUUUUACUAAAUAUAAUAUGCGCUUGGAGUAUGUCUCUUGGCGUACAUUAUAUUUAGUAAACCACACCGUACCUUAGUGUACCGACCCAGUGGCAAAUCGCAACGUUUCAGUCCAAUUCCUACCUCUGUACAUAAUUAGUAGUUGUAGUCGUACUGCGUACGUGAACAUUGUCCCGCCGCUGUUCGCUAGUGACGCGACUCGACGUCCGACGUGCGAGCGAAACCAGACGUAACGUCUCACCCGAUAGUGUUCAACAGGUGCUACGCGAUGUUAACUAAAAUAAUAUUAUAUUUAGCGCCUCUACUUUACACCGCCGCCUUGUACUGUGUACAUUGUUGUGGCUUGUUCAUGCGCGAUACUCGUUGCCGAAGAGUGGAACAUGUGCAUGAAUGUCGCGGUUCCGCGCCUCACAGCGACAGCGAAUAUCGCGCACAUUGGGACAGGCUGUAGUUGCUUGUACCGCUGAGUUGCGUGCUCCAUACAAGUAUUGUAUGUAAUUUUAUAAAUAUUUGUUUUUAUUUGUUCCAAGUGAAAUGUUUUUGUGAUUAGCGAUUUACAGAAAGUUCCUAAGACUUAAUAAUAUUAACUAGAUGCCAUUUUUAGUUUACAAUAAGGAUUUCGUUCGAUAAGGUAACGUUUGUGUUCGUCUGUAAUUAUAGGUACGUAAUGAUAGAGGUGAGAACGGCAGCUGUAGGAAAAUCGAUACGGGACAUUUAUCGAGUCAGCGAUGAUCGUAAUCGAUAUGAUUCGUGAACAAAUAACGGGGAAACUUAAUCGGAUAUAACGAAAUAUAAAUAUUGAUUCGUUGCCAUACACUCGAGGAUUUCUAUUAGAUAGUAAGUGAUAGCGGGAUUACCGCCGCGCGUUGCAUUUGUCUGUGAAUUGGAUAAUUUUCGCUUUUACAUAUUUGUGUAAUUUGAAUGUACAUUUUACAUAAUAAUAAUUGUUGUUGUUAAAAUAAAACAUGAUUCGAA